AUGAACGGUGAAGUGGAAGAUGAAGACCAAAUUCCCGAGUUCGAUUUCAGCGAGUUCUUGAGGGCCAACUCGCAUCGGGUUGCACCAUAUGGCAGUCCGCUAGGAACGGCACCUAACUCGACAGGUGAUGAAGCAACAGCAGGGGCGGAUCUGUCCGGGGAUUCGGCGCUGCCGGUAGCAGAAGCGCCGCUAUUGCAGGGAAUCUCCACGCCUGAGGAAGGCGUGGACUAUGACGAUGGCCUUAUCCCAGAGUUAGACUGCGAACAGCUUUUGGAUGAGAACCCACACUUGGUUCCGCCUAGCGCCCCGUGGAUGCCGUCCCCACUUACGGUCGAGAACACGGUACCUUUGCUGGCCGCCAAGCUUCCCAAAAAGUAUGAACCUCAGGUUAUACAUUUACUUAAGAAAGUUGAUCUUGUCACUAUGACAUUCUCGAUAGUGCUACCAGUUUUCUCAUUAUUGCACUUGGUAUUUGCUGCACCUCCAUUAAAUGCUACCCUUGUGAAGAUAUGGAUAGCUUAUUAUUUAUUGACUGAGCUGAGCUUAAUAGCGGGAUACCACCGGUUGUUCACACACCAAUCAUACCACUGUCACAUCUUUGUCCAAUUCAUUAUGGCUGUUAUUGGAACUUCGUGUGGCUUGGGUUCGAUUUUGCAGUUUAGUAGCCAGCAUCUGGCGCAUCACCGAUACUCGGAUACCGAGAGAGACCCGCAGUCGCUUAGUCUGUAUGGCUGGUGGUUUGCACAGUGGGGACACAAACUAUUCAAGGGAAACAAGAAGUCGGCGAAGGCAGUUGCAGAUUGUCGUAAGACCCUUGUGUCUAGUGUUUGCGCACCACGCAACAAGCAGCUGCGUAGCAAGCAGUUCGUAGUCCCCCCCAGCUACUCGUUACUUAAGUGGCAGGACGAGAAUUAUUACAUGCUCUGGAUAAUCACCAACCUCUUCAUUCCCACAAUUUUGGCCUUCACAGUGUGCCAGUUGUCUGUCUUCAGCUGUGUCUUCUAUCUUGGCCUCGUCCGCAUGUCGCUAGUGCAGCAGCAGUGGCUCUUAGCCGGAUCACUUGGCCAUUUGAAAACACUGCCAUUUAGUUCACAACCGUUUGAUGAUUCUCGUUCGGCGGUCGACCUUCCGCUGUCUAUCCUUGCUCAGGUCAUUACCUUCGGCGAGUCGAACCACAACUUCCACCAUGAAUUCCCAGGUGAUUACCGGAAUGGCCCCGCCUGGUACGCUUUUGAUCCGGCGAAAUGGGCUAUCAACCUAAUGGGACACCUCGGCCUCGUGCAUCAUAUGCACAGCGCUUCAAGUGACCAGAUUGACAUGUGUAGGGUACAACAACAGCAGAAAAUACUUGACGGCGAGAGGUCAAAGCUCCAGUGGGGCAUACCAAUAGACCGGCUGCCUAUGAUCACUCCAGAGCAAUUUGCAACUGUUGCACGUAAGGAUUACGAGGAAAAGGAGAAAGCACUGGUUGCGAUAGAAGGUAUAAUACACGAUGUGACGCCAUUCAUGCAUGACCACCCAGGUGGCAUGGCCUUGGUUGUCGCGAGCGUUGGUAAAGAUGCGACGCCGGCGUUUAAUGGCGCUGUAUACGCCCAUUCCACGGCCGCUCGCAAUCUGCUUGCCACAAUGAGGGUCGCAAGGCUGACAAAAGGAUCAUGUGUUGUCCAAACUUCGUGGGAGCAUAAUUUACUGAACGACUCUCAAGGCCAGAGAAUUGUUCGCAACAGGACACAGGCGACUGUAACCAGGGAUAUAUACUAUGCGGCCAGUGCAGCUUAG